AUGUUCAAUAGUGUUGCUGACAUUGUUUUUAUGCUUAGCUUCAUACAUUUCCAUUUACUUAAUUCCGUUUCUUUGUAUCUCUUUGUUAAUCCAUUUCGUUUUUAUAUUUUACUUGUUUGUUCUUUGCAGAGCACUCCAGUUGGCACAACAAUCUUCCGCCACAUACAAGCGCUGGACAAGGAUGCUGGUGUUAAUGGACUCGUUGAGUAUUUUAUUGUUGAAGGCAAUACGAAUACAACCGAAGACGAGAAGAUGACAAUUGCCGAUGGUUAUGGCAUAUUCGUAAUUUCCUUUCCGCAUCAAGGGCAGGUGACUAUAGCCAAGACGUUGGAUUACGAGAAGGUGCAACGUUACUAUCUAACCAUUGUCGCAUCGGGCAAUGCUCUGGAGAGAUAUCCAGUUAAUAACAGCAAUAAAAAGCAGAUCGAAAAAGGUGAAACAAAAAAACUGCACGGUCUAACAUCUUGGCAUGUGAAAAUUUCUGACAGCGAAGGUGAUCGUUUUGAUGUUGCAUUGGUUGCAUGUCUGUCAAUCGGGCAGCUGAUACCUAAUACCUAA